ACCAAAGAGUAGAGCAAGGAGGGAGGGAGAGAGAGAGAGACUGUUAACGGAGAUGCAGGGCAAUCAGGGUUUAAUUCUUGCCAGUGUAAUCUUCGUGGUCGCAAUUGUACAGAUGAUGAUUCGAAAGCGAAGAACGUCGCCCACUGCCAUGAAAUGGCCGGCAGGACCCAGGAAAUUGCCCAUCAUAGGUAACAUGCACCAACUAUCUAGAGCCGAUGGCUUGUUUCAUGUGGCCCUAACCAAACUGGCCAAAGUUCAUGGGAGUGUGAUGACCAUCUGGCUUGGUAGCUGGCGGCCCACUAUUGUUGUGAGCGACGACGAGGUGGCUUGGGAGGUGUUGGUGAACAAGUCCUCAGACUACGCUGCUCGUGAUCAUCCUUACAUUGACAAGAUCAUGUGGGCAGGGGCUCGCACCAUCCACACAUCUGACGCCAGCCCCCACUGGCACAGUCUUCGCAAGGGCCUUCAAAGCGGUGGCCUAGGCCCCCUCAGCAUCUCCGGCCAAACCCACUUGCAAGAAAAAGAUAUUGCACAGAUGCUCCGAGACAUGCGUGAAGAGGCCUCCCUCAACGGUGGCCUUGUCAAGCCUUUUCACCAUAUUCGCCGUACCUCGGUGCGUUUACUAUGCCGCCUUUGCUUCGGCCCCAACUUUGAAGAUGCCAAGUUCUCCGAAGCAAUUGAUAAAGCCAUUGAAGAUAUCAUCCGCAUCAGUGGCGUUGGCUAUCUGGCCGACGCCUUCUUCUUCGGCCGACACUUCCCCGGCCUCAAGCACACAUUCCAGGAGGCAUGCGACCUGAAACGCCGAGUCGAGGAUUUGAUACGCCCUUUUCUCAGAGCAGUUCCUCCUCCAAACUGCUAUUUGCACUUCCUUCUUUCCAAUAACAUCCCCGAAGAUGUCACCAUAUUCACCAUCUUAGAGGUAUUCACACUCGGCAUCGAUAGCACCUCCUCCACCGCAACUUGGGCACUUGCUCUUUUGACCAAUGAGCAACGAGUCCAACAAAAACUCUACCAAGACAUCAAGAAGAACAUAGACAGUACCCAACAAAUUGUGAGGGUUGAGGAUGUAAGCAAGCUGCAAUAUUUACAAGCGGCUGUGAAGGAGACGUUGAGAUUGAAGCCUGUUGCUCCUUUGGUGCCUCACAUGACUGCCACAGAGACCACUCUGAUGGGAACAAAGGUGGCACAAGGUACCAGAGUGGUGGUAAACCUUCACGCUAUACACUAUAAUCCAAAUGUGUGGCCAGAACCGGAGAAGUACAUGCCUGAGCGGUUCAUGCCUCGUCAAGAAGAGGUUGAUGAAAUACGGCCGGGAACCACGAAACUAUCUUAUUUCCUUCCAUUUGGAGGUGGAAUGAGAGCUUGUGCAGGAAUGGAGGUAGGGAAGCUUCAUGUAGGGUUUGUAAUAGCUAACAUAGUUAAUGCCUUUCAAUGGUCUAGUGCUGUCGAGGGGCAACCCCCCGAUUUGACCGAAGACUUCAAGUUUGUGCUCCUCAUGAAAAAUCCACUUACAGUGCGCAUCACUGCUCGUCACCCUUGAGUUGGAUUUAACAUGGCUUAUAUAGUUUAUAUUUUGUAAUAUCCAUGUAUUUCUAAUUCCACCAUAGCCUCAGGGUUCAUGUUGGACUAUAUUUGAUUGCUAUCUACAGUUUUCCACUUUACUUUGUGCACUA